UUCUCUCACAUCCGCCUUCUCCACUUGUGACCAUUCUUUGCACCAGAAUUUAUUAUCCCGCUUCCCAAUUUCCAGAGCCAGAAAAACACUAUCCUGGAAAAACCCUAGACCUCUCAUCUUCCAUCCCAAAUCUCCAAAACCCAAUCUUCAAUUCCUUGCAUUGCACCACCCAAUUUUUUUUUCUUUUAGGGGAAAAAUAAGCCCCAAAGAUAUAGUAUAUAAGUAUUUAAAUUGCAGAUAGAGCAAAAACCCUGUUGAGUUCAGCAAAGGGUUAAUGGCCAAGAAGAAGCUGACCCACAACUCAGAAAAAGAAACCCAGAAAACCCAUCACGAAGAAUCUGCCGCGUUUGCAAACAUUGCCGCCAUGGAUGAUGCUUCUGAGAAGCUUGAGAGCUUGAAGUCCCUCAAUGCCAGGCUUCUGAAGGAGACUGUUGAGCGCCGACGGGAGGUGGAGGCGCUUGUGCAGUCAAAAGGGUCUCUGGAAUCCGAGCUAACUCGGUCUAACUCGGAGAAGGAGAGGUUGAGGUCCGAGUUGACUCGGUUGAGUGAGGGGGUGGUGGAGUUGGAUGUUGAGAGGAGUGUGGUGUUUGCUUUUGUUGCUCAACAGGCUGAGGAGGUGAUUGAGAGGGAGAGGGAUGAGAUUGAGAGGAAAAUGAAGGGCUUUGAGAGAGAAAUGGGGGAGAUUUUGCGGGAGAAAAGUGAGAUUGAGAAGGUGACGGGUGAAAAAGAGAGGGAAAUCGAGUUGCUGAAUGAGAAAAUUAAUGAGCUUGUGGUUAGGAUUGAUAAUGAGAGGAGUUUCUCGAACGGAGUUUGUGUAGAAAGGGAUGCAAUGAGGGCUACAUUUGAUGCUCAAAUCAAAGAGGGAAGUGAGUUGGGGGGUAAGUUGAUUGAAGCUGAGAAAAGAGAGAAACUUGUCCAAGAAGAGGCUGAAAAGUUAAGGGGUGAGUAUGAUAAAUUGGCGAGGGCAAAACGGGAGAAAGAAAAACAGAUUGAGGGGGUGAUGAGGGAUAAAGAGCUGGUGGAGAAGAGUUUGAUUGAGGUCAAUAAGGCUAUUGAGAAAAUGAAGGAGGAGAUUGAGGGGGUUGUAAAGGAAAAAGAAGGGAUUGAAGAGGAGAGGAAAGUGGAGAUGAGGAAGAGAAGUGAGUUGCAGGAAGUAGUAAAUGGACUUAAUGAGACGGUGGGGACUAUGCAGAAGGAGGAGGAAAGAUUGCGCGUAUGUGUGGCCAAGUUGGAGAAGAGGUGUAUUGAAGGAGAGGACAAGGAAAGGGAGAUGGAGAGCGAGAUUGAUGAAUUGGUGAAGGAAAAGAGCGAGAGGGAGAAGAGGCUUUUGGGAUUGAUUGAAGAGAAUGGUGUGGUGGAGAAGGAUUUAGAUGAUGCGUUGAAGCAAUUGGAUGAGCUUAAGCAGAAAAUGGAGCAGAUAGUUAAUGAGAACAGAGAAAUUGCUGGGGCUAAAAUUAGGAAGGAAAAAGAGAUUCUUGAAUUGGAAAAACAUGUGACUGAAUUGAGGGAUGCGGUUUCAGGAAUGGAAGAGUCCUGCAGGGUUCAGAAGGAGAAAAUUUAUAGCUUGGAAUCUGAAGUUGGGAAUUACAAAGAUUCCUUGAAGCGAGUUUUGGUUGAAAGGGAUGAAGCUAGAAUGGAACUUCUUGACGAGAGGGAGAAUGGUAUAGGCUUGAAGCAGAAGAUUGUGGCAAUGGAGAAAAAUGUUGAAGAAACUGUUGAAUUGGUUGAGAUUUUGAAGGCUGAAAAUGGUAACGUCAAAGGUGAAAAAGAAAAAUUGGAGAGCUGUUGCAUUAGGUUGAAGAAGGACAUAGCUUCUGCUGAGAAUGAGCUUACUGCUGUUGCACGCAAAGAGUUGGAUGCUACGAAGGCUGAACUAGAAGUAGCAGAUGCUAAAUCUGAACAGGUUUUGAAAGUUUUAAGGAGGACUGUUGAAUUGGUUUGUCCUAAUGGUGAAAUGAAUAUAACUGGUGACAAGGAGAUGAAUGGAGAAAUUGAACCAUAUGUGGCUGAAUUGGUAGCAAUCAAGCAUGCUUUCAAGAGCAGAGAGGACAAAGUAGAGGACAUGAAGAGGCAAGUUGAAAUCUUGGAGAACUCUGUGGCAGAGGCACACAAGAAGAAGAGCUUCUGGACUAUUAUGUCCUCUGCAACAACAGUUUUUGCUGCAAUUUUACUUGCAUAUGUCACUCGAGGGCAUUAAAAUCUUUUUAUAUCUUGAGGAUUAUUAGUUAUCUAUCAAGAAUUUAGUCCUAACUAGAAAUAAUCAUAAGCCAAAUGGUGCCAAGUUUGGUUUUCUUUCGAACUGCUCUUGAUAAGAAUUUACUCAUGUUCCUUGAUGCUGAUAUCAAGUUAUGAUAUGGAGUUUUUGACCGCUA